UGGAGCAGAACGGUUGUUUGCAGAGCUACGUCGCAAAUAUUGGAUUCUGCAGGGUCGCGAAGCAGUCAAGCGGCAUCAGCGUUCCUGCCCUGACUGUCAGAGGUGGAGAGCUAAUCCAUCUGUGCCAAGAAUGGCCGACCUGCCACCGGCGAGACUGCGGCUAAUGAAACCCCCCUUCUUCUCCACAGGUGUGGACUGUUUUGGGCCCUUGACAGUGCAGGUGGGCCGUCGUCAUGAGAAAAGAUGGGGCAUUCUGUUUAAGUGCCUAACAACACGAGCCGUGCACUUAGAUGUCCUGUCUGGACUCGACACCGACUCCUUCCUUAUGGCUCUUCGCAGAUUCAUUGCCCGAAGAGGAAAACCGGCUGAGCUCUUGUCGGACCAGGGGACAAAUUUUCGCGGAGGGGAACGAGAGCUGAAAGAUGCUUUCAAGGCAAUGCACCCCACCCUCCAGGAUCAUCUGGCCAAAUACCAGAUCCAGUUCCAGUUCAACCCACCAAAUGCACCACACUUCGGGGGCAUAUGGGAAAGAGAAGUAAGGUCGGUGAAGGCUGCCUUGUACGCCACCAUCCGGCCUCAGCCUAUCCCAGAGGAAGUCCUCCGGACAGUGCUAAUUGAGAUUGAGGGGAUUUUAAACUCCAAACCUCUCGGCUAUGUCUCCACAGAUGUGGCUGAUGUGGAUCCUGUGACCCCCAAUCUCCUCCUCAUGGGGCGGCCGGACCCAUCACUGCCACAGGCAGUCUACACUGACACAGAAAUGCUUAGCCGCCGCCGCUGGAGACACACCCAGGUGUUGGCAGACCAGUUCUGGACCCAUUUCAUCCGCCACUACCUUUCUACUCUUCAGCCACGCUCCAAGUGGCACAAAGAUACCUCCCAACUGAAACUAGGAACCAUCGUGAUGGUAGUGGAUCCCCAGCUCCCUCGGGCCCUGUGGCCACUUGGCCGGGUCACAGAGGUCAUCCCAGGGACAGAUGGAAGAGUCAGGACAGCUGUGGUCCAGGUCAAGGACAAGACCUAUACGAGGCCUGUGGCGCGCCUCAUCGCCCUCCCAGACAUCCCAGACAUGGACCCGAUCAGCCCUUUGUCAAGUGACAAAUUUGAUAGUACAAAUUUGGGGCGGCUGUAACAAAGGGCUGAUCCUAGAUCAGCCUUCAAUUGCACCGGAACCCAGCUGAUGAGGGAGCGCUGCGCUGCGCAGCAUUGUGUGAGCUGUAGCAUUGUCGGGAGGAGAAGAAGAGUGGCUGGAGAGUGCUAGUAUUGUGAUCGCUAUUGUUUGGACCUGUGUGAUUGUAGGUAGUUUCUGGCUUGACAUUAAUCCCUGUGUGCGUUCAAUAACAAGUGAGUAUUCGUCCAAGUACUCUGUGUAGCUGUAGUAAGUGUUCGCAUUUGUAAUUAGUUAAUAAUCGCCUUAUCGCGGCUGCAUUUUUUACCGCGAGUGCAACGUAGUUUGUGUAAUGGCGGACCUAGCUGUCCAGAUAGCGAUCACAAGUCAUGUGAAUAUUUGUAUAUUUAACCACACACAUACCCACACACUCAUAGCAAAUAUCCUGUUGUAUCAUUCCAUCAAUCCCACAAUAAAUCUUCAGUGACAAAGCUCUGGACUGUGCAUUCUAAUCGAUGCCCCUCAGUGGCCACCUCUACAGCUGAACUCAGUCAGUUAGCGAAUGUCCCAC